GAAAAUUUAGCUCCAGAAGUCGUUGAUUUGGCCGAAUCUCCCGUCGUCAUACCCGAAAAAGGAUCCGAACUGACUCCAGAAAUCCUUCAUUCGGAGCCAAUUCCCGAAAUCAGAGUUCUGGAAGCAACAAUUUUGGAUGCAACUUUUGAGAAAGAAACCGGAAUUCCUCCCGUAGAAGACACACAAACCGAUGAAAAAGAGCUCGAACAAGCCUCCGCGAUCGUUGAAAUGGAAAAUUUAGCUCCAGAAGUCGUUGAUUUGGCCGAAUCUCCCGUCGUCAUACCCGAAAAAGAAUCCGAACCGACUCCAGAAACGGCAAAUUUGGCUCCCGAGACAAUAAUUUUGGAAGAAUCUCCAGUUAUCGCAACCACAGAAGACGAUUACCUUGCAAAACUUUGUGCUGAAUCCGGAGUUGCGCCAAAAAUGACUCCUCCAAUGAGCGAAACCAACAACGAAACAAUCGACAUGGAAGAAACUGCGGCCAAUGACACCUUUGAGAUUAAAGAUUCUGUGUUCGGUGAGGAUAUUUCUGCUCCGACACCCGCAAAAUCAACCGAAACUUCAACAAUUGUCAUCGAAGACACGCCAUUGAAGCCUAAAACGCCUCAAAUUACGAUGCGACGCCCUUUUCGUCGUCAGCAAAACUUGGAAAUGCCCGAUGCGUUGAGUGUUUCGUGCAUCGGCGAGAAAUCCAUCUUGAAACGGAAGAAGAGAUCCUUGUCAACGGGCGACAUUCGCGUUAAUAUGACGAUGCAAGAGCGUCGCGUCAAGUUUCACAGUCCCGCCAAUCAAACGGUUCACAUUAACGAGAUCGAUGAUCGCUUGUUGAAGAGUUUCACUGAGACUAAUGAUCGUCAUCAACGCGCUGCUCGUCGCAAACGAAGCUUAUCGGAUGCGGAUUAUACGCUACUCAAAAAAGAAAAUUCCGCGAAAAAGACUUUUAAGAGCAAGAAAAUGCCGGAUUUCGCGUCGAUUCACUCGAAACAAAUCAACAAAAUGGAGUCAAUUGCAGAUAAUUUGGCGCGAAAACAAGAAAGAGCGAUGGCUCUUACCACGCCAGACCGCAAAAAGGCUCCAAGUGAUACUAAAAAUGAUUUAUCGACUGAAGUGCCAUCCACAAGUACAGAAAUUGCAUCUUCGACAAUUUUGACGCAUAUUAGCGAAGAAAAAAUUGACGAGCCCAAACAAAAAGUUGAAGAAACCCCAAUAGAGACUGAACAAAUUGAAGAACAACCUGCUCCCGUACUUGAUUCUGAGCCAAACCACAAAAAAUCAGCAAUUCCCAAGCCAAUGACUUCGAUCAAACCACAAAAAUCCGACGAAAAACCUAAAAAACCUCUCGGACAAAUACAAUUCAAGGCAAAAAUUCAAUUUGCAACUGAGCGUAAAAAGGUUGAGGGUCAAAAAACGCCCGUUUUUAAUUUUGCUGCACGGUCCGCAGUUGCUGACAUCAAACGAGGCAAGGAAAAUGGUUUGGUUAAACCCGUGAAUUUAGUUUCAAAGUUGAACAGUACGACUCAAGCAGCUGGCGGAAGCACCAAAACGCAUAUCCCGAUGCCAUCAACUAGUCAAACUGCGACGAAAGCAAAGUCAUCACGCGAAGAAAGACAUAAAAAUCUUUACAAGGCGAAUAAAUUGUGCGGAAAUGGCAAGGAAGGAGGCAAAGGAUUGCUUCAAGGAGUUCGUCUGAACAAGAGAUUCGAACUUCAAAUGGCGUACCGAAACAUGAAGAAAGAGUGAAUUGUGUUCUGUUUGUCACGUUUUUUAAAAAUUAAUCGAAUACUAUUAUUAUAUUAAUUGUACCAGUUAUAUCAAAAUUUAUUUCGCAAAUACUAAUGAUUAUCAGAAUAUUUCUAA